AACGCCCGAAGCUUCGUCGUCAUGGCUGGUGGCAUUCAGAGCAAAGUCCCCGCCUCCACAGCCUGUUGAGCGGCGAGCCGGCGACACUUUCUCAAAGGACCCGCAGUUACGUUUUUUGAGUUCCACGUUGAGGCUCAGCAUCUCUCUCUCUCUGUUGGCUUGUUUCACACUUUGCACCGGAGAGGCCAAAGCUUUACUUUUAAUUCCCAGAAACAAUGACGCUCAGGAGGCUGAAGAAGGUUAACUCCAGCGGGGUGGACGGAGGACCCGCAUCCCAAGACAACGACAUUUAUUUCCCUUCGUCAAAGUCAGACAGCUGCAGGACUGUGUAUCUACCGGGCAACUCCUCGGAGGUUUAUAACUACAAGACUCUGGCAUAUUCUGGGGGGACGCUGCCCAGAAACUUCAAAAGGGGUGGUGGCUCGCAGAAGUGGAAACCCCUAACGCAACCCACAGAACCACAAAGGAAAGUGGUGGACUUGGAGAAAAAUGAAGAGGAGGCAUUCGGGUUUGAGAUUCAGACAUAUGGCCUUCACCAUCAGGACCAAAACUCAGUAGAGAUGUGCACGUUUGUGUGCAGGGUGCACGAAGGAGGCCCGGCCCAGCAAGCUGGACUUAAAGUUGGGGACACCAUCGCACGUGUGAACGAGACCACCGUAGAGGGCUUUAUGCACAAGGACAUUGUUCAGCUCAUCAGGUCCUGUGGCAACACACUCAGGCUGGAGACGGUUUACAGUGACUCAAUCCGAAAAGCUGAGCUCGAGGCCCGGCUGCAGUAUCUAAAGCAAACUCUUCAUGAAAAAUGGGAUGAAUAUCGCUCGCUCAUGGUGCAGGAACAGAGGCUUGUCCAUGGUAUUGUAAUGAGCGAUGCUGCACUGUACGAGUCCCUGGAGUCAGCAGGAAUCUAUGGCAGCCUUGGCGUUCCCAGCCCCGCAGCUCAGAGAGCCCUCCACUGCACCGGCAGCACCAGCAGCAGCGCCAGCCUUCUCAGCACCACUGAGGACGACCCACUCUACCAAACCUGCCUGUAUCACUCGGACGGCAACAUGAACUCGAGCAGCGCCGACAAAAUCAAUGAGCAGCGGCCUUCCGAGAGGCAGCAGCGCCUCCGACCGGCCAGCGAGCUCCUAACUGUAACCAAGACUCACCUCACGCGCAGUGCCAGCACUCGCAGCUACGUGAGAGGAACUUUGUCAUCCUUGCCGUCUGUAGGAUCGGGGGAGAAACAUGGAGGAUUCGGCUCGCUGCAGAGAAAACCCAAACAGAAGAGCUUCCGCAGGCGUCUCCUCAAGUUCAUCCCGGGUUUGAAUCGGCCGCUGGAGGAAGAGGAGAGCAAACUGUGAGCAACAAGCAGAACUAAACACUGAAAGAAUCAGUGACAGUCAAACUAAACUGCCAAAGACAACAGCAAACACCCUCCAAAGAGUGAAGUCUGAGACCAAAGCAAAGGGGCUGUGUUGCUGGGAAGACCAAUGGACUUAUAUUUCACAGGUGUAUAUAACUUUUGCUUCGGUUUCUCUUGAUUUCUAAGUUAUUUAUUUAUUUUUACAUGUUCAAUUCAUGCAGAACGAAGGAUGUUUCCGUUUUUUUCCCUUGCAUGGACAUUUGUAUUGUUUUGACGAACCUGUGAUAACUUUAAUUGUGCAACGAUUAAGAAUGACUCAAGCCCUGUUUUGGUUCCUGAAAAUAAAAUAUGUGGUAUUUCCAGA